AUUAACUUAAGGUCAUUCAGAUUCAUUAAUAUUCUAUUAGGUAAAAAAAAACAAUAUGAAGGUCAUAAAAGAUAUAUGGUGCCAAAUAAAAUAAAAAUUGUUACAAAACAGUGUUACUUUAAUUACCUUCGUUUCAUUAAAUUAAUUCCAGCGUGGUAAUUGUUUUACCAUGACCUCUAUAAAGCCGCUGCCUCUAAACCUCCGGCAGAAAGACAGCUCGUGUUUGCAUUGGAUUGACGUCGGAUUUUUCGUUUCCAGAUUUUCACCGACAGCAACUGCAGACAUGAUAGCUCAACAGUUAGUUCUACUCUCGUUGGCGCUGUGCGGCGCACUAGCACAAACUUUCAACCCAACAUUAACUGUUGACAGCUGUACGAAGAGCCUAUUAGAAAUCACGCUUACCGACGCCGCCGACAACGGUAUUGUGUACAUCCAAGGACAGGACUCAGCAUGCCGACAGUUCACAACGACAGGAACGUCAACGCACUCCAUUGAUUUUGCGUCGUGCAAUAUACAAUGGGAGGAGACAUUUAAAAUAGUUGUUCAGAAGAAUCAGUACUACCAGACAGGAGCAGACAAGCAAAUUCCUGUCAUGUGUAUUGCCGACCUCGCGGACCUCACUGUUAGCGAUAACCUUGUUGCAGCCAACAAGGACGAUGACGCCGGACAAAACAAGACCGUCAAACCGACAGCUACAAUGGCACUUUAUUCCGGCGGAAACUCUGUAUCCGGAAGUACGGUGAAGCUGACAGACACAAUCACCAUGGUGAUGCAGCUAGACUCAGAAUAUAUCGAGGAUUUUGAUAUCAAAGCAAGAUCUUGCGUCGCCGACACAAUUGAUAUAGUCACAGAUUACUGUCCAGUUGAUACUUACCUUUUUCCCGUCAUACAACGCACAACCCAAGGAGUUAUUCAGGCAGAAUUCGGGGCUUUCAGAACAACCAGUCUCUCAGGUGACCCAGUACCUAUGGUAUUUUCUUGCACUCUACAAGUUUGCCUCGGAGCAUGCAGCGCCACGACAUGUACAGACGGGUCAUCAAGUUACGGACGAAAAAAGAGAAGCUUAACCAAGCGUCAGGCAGAGCCAGACAAUGUAGUGGAGGACAUCAGUGUCGGUACUUCCCUGAAAAUCGCGACUGAUGAAGUCGUCAUUGAAGGUCCUGGAGAUGAAAGCGAUGUCUGCCUAAAUCAAGGAGUCUUCAUUGUAUUAAUAAUCUUCUUAGUCGGUGGAAUGCUUGCUUCUACAAUCGCAGCAGUGGUCAUGUUCAAGAAACUACAAGAAAAAGCGGGAAUUUUGAGCAAGCUUGGUGGAUCGUCUAUGGGUAUGUCCGUCCCGGUAGCAUAAAUCUUACCACAAGAACUUCUCUACCAGACUCCUUCCAGCGGCGAAAAAAGUAUAGUACUACGUGCCAGAAUUUUAAUUUUCUUUUCUGAAGUUUGUUUUUCAUCCUUUAUUUUCUUAAUUUUUUUUUUGACAGAAUCUAGACGAUUAUUUUUAGAAACAAACGCGUGUACUUAAAGACAAUUUUAUUUCCAAAAAAAAAAUGUUUCCAGUGGUUGGUCCACGUUAUUCACACUGUUACAUAUUGCAACAUUUUAUUACUGUAGGUUUUUGAAACUGUCUAUUUUCUAUUGAAAUCUGAAUUAUGUUCACCAGUUAAUUACUGCUUCUUGUAUUCCAGCUCAGCAUUAUUUUGUUGUAAAUUAUGUUAAACGGAAAUCUAUGAUCAUAAUCAGGGCCAGUUGUUUGUUUGUUUACCAGACACCACUGCAUCACUUACCUGUUAUAUAUUAGUGUAUAUUUUUCGUGAAAGAGACUGUUUAAAAACGGCAUGAUUACGAUU